AUGGGAAAAUCAGCCUCUAAACCUCAGACUCCAUUAGAUUGUAUGCUAUCCCAUUUUGAUGCAUUUGUUCAUUCAGGGUAUGGUGUUAAAGUGACCAAGAGAAAACUGUCAACUUUAUGUAGGUUUGAGUGGCCAACCUUCGGUGUAGGAUGGCCCCCGGAGGGAACAUUAGAGAGAGGGGUUGUGGGGGCGGUACACCGAGUAAUAACAGGGGAUCCAGGACACCCGGAUCAGUAUCCUUAUAUUGAUAUAUGGUUGCAACUAGUCACGUGUCCCCCUCCCUGGUUGAAAACCUGUACCUUUCAAAAUGGUAUUAGAGUAUUGGUUGCUCGACCCCUAACUCCUAAGGGGGUCCAGAAACGCCCUGAGGCUCCUGUUUUCCAGGCGCCGCCGGAAGAUAUGGAGCCUCCCUUAGCCCGUACCUCUGAGCUCCCUGCAGUUUCCCAAAUCCUGGCGAAAGAUUCCCCCUCCAGACCGCCACCCUAUCGCCCUUCCCCUUCGUCUCCCAUAGUUCCUGACAGGUCCCCGAGAAAGGGACUCUACCCUCCCCUUCCCGAUAAUGUGGAGUCCUCCAAGUUUUCCGACACCUCAGCCUUGGAUCCGGUCCCCACUCUGUCUCCAUCUUGCACCCGGGGAGGGGUUCCCUAUGCCUUGGCUGCCUCUUUUACUAAUCCCUCUACCAAACUCCCAGACCCAACCCCCAUUCUCCCUCUCAGACAGACUCUCGGGCCAGAAGGGACUUCUUCCUUGGUAUAUGUCCCUUUUUCAUCAAGUGACAUUUACAAUUGGAAAACUCAGAACCCUCCUUUCUCUGAAAAACCCCAGGCCCUUAUUAGCCUGCUCGAGUCUGUUUUUCAGACCCAUCGCCCCACCUGGGACGAUUGUCAGCAACUCCUUACUGCCUUGUUUACGACAGAAGAGAGGGAUAGGAUAAAAAGGGAGGCAAAGAAGGCUGUACUGGGAGCCACCGGGGGUCGCCCUGAGGACCACCAGGAUGAGGUCGAGGAAGCUUUUCCCUCUAUCCGCCCUAACUGGGACCCGGCCAGUCGGCGAGACCUUAACUCCCUUAGUAAUUACCACAAGUAUCUGCUUCAGGGCAUGAAAUCAGCUGCAAGGAAACCAACAAACCUUACUAAAAUCUCUGAAAUCAGGCAAGGACCCGACGAGGCUCCUGGAGCCUUCUUGGAGAGGUUAUAUGAGGCCUACCGGACCUACAGUCCCAUUGACCCAGAGGCCCAGAAACAGAAGGCUAUUAACGUGGCAUUUGCCACCCAAUCGGCCCCGGACAUCCGAAAAAAGCUCCAGAAACAGGAGGGUUUUGAGGGAAUGGUCAUAUCUCAGUUAGUGGAGAUAGCUCAGAAGGCUUUUUACAAUAGAGACACCCCUACAGAUGUGACUAGUAAGCAGUGUGCUAAAGUUGUGGUAGCAGCCCUCCAGUCGCUGAACGGGAACGGGAAAAGGGGGCGUCAGUCCCUUCCUCGCAGCCGCCUUAAUAAGAACCAGUGUGCUUACUGUAGGGAGUUUGGUCAUUGGAAAAACGAGUGUCCCCAAGGAAAAGGAGGGAGGGCUCACUCACCCUCAGUGCUGGUCACGACCAGUCAAGCCUAGGGGUGCCCGGGUUCCACCCCCACUGGUUCUAAGGAACCCCGGGUUCAGCUUUUAGUUGGGGGACAUCCAGUUAACUUUUUGGUCGAUUCAGGGGCCGCACAUUCUGUGCUCAAGACCCCAUUAGGCCCCUUGUCAACCCGAUCCACGUCUGUCCAGGGAGCUACAGGACAAGCUGCCUUUUUCCCUUGGACCACUGAUAGAGUGGUUGACCUUGGCACAGGAACGGUAACCCAUUCUUUCCUUGUCAUGCCUGAAUGCCCAUACCCACUUCUUGGACGAGACCUUCUCCAUAAACUCAGGGCUACUAUCUCUUUUUCUACGCCAUCCCCCACUUUCACCUUCGCCCUGCCUGAGGGAAACGUUCCCAAAGGGUCUCUAAAUACUGAAAUCACUCUGCCGCUUUCGGCUGAGUACCUUCUUGCUGUGACCCCUGCGGCACUUCCCCACCUUUCCUCUCCCUCUCCCCUGCUUUCUCUGUUACAACAGGACUUUCCCAAGGUCUGGUCUGAAUCCAAUCCCCCAGGCCUGGCUGCGCAUCAUCCCCCAGUGGUGGUUCAGCUCCUUGCCUCAGCUGCUCCCAUUGCUGUUAGGCAAUACCCUAUGUCCCAGGAGGCACACCGAGGCAUUUCUACACACAUCCGACGUCUCCAAGACUACGGGAUCCUAGUGCCCUGCUCUUCCUCUUGGAAUACUCCUCUGCUGCCUGUACGGAAGCCCCGUUCCAAGGAUUUCCGCCCUGUCCAGGACCUAAGGGAAGUCAACAAGCGGGUAGAAACCUUACCCUCUGAUGUCUCCAACCCAUACACCUUACUUAGCCUUCUUCCUCCAAAUAAGGUUUGGUAUACUGUCCUUGAUCUGAAGGACGCUUUUUUCUCUAUUCCUUUAGCCCCCGUUAGCCAGCCUCUCUUUGCAUUUCAAUGGCAUGACCCAGAUGGGGCGUAUUCUGGACAACUUACUUGGACUCGGUUGCCUCAAGGGUUUAAGAAUUCUCCUACUCUUUUUAGUGAAGCCCUUCAUAAUGAUUUGGCACCCUUCCGUCUGGAACAUCCUUCUUGUACCCUCCUGCAAUAUGUAGAUGAUAUACUGUUGGCUUCUAGCUCUUAUGAUGAGUGCCUGACCUCUACCCGUGCCCUUCUGUCCCUUCUGCAGUCUUUGGGAUAUCGUGUGUCUGCAAAGAAAGCACAAUUGUGCCUCCAGUCUGUUUCUUAUCUAGGCUACAUUCUACGAGAGGGGCAGCGAUCUCUCUCUCCUGAGCGGGUAAGGGCAGUACUGGCUAUCCCUAUUCCAUCCACUAAGAAACAGGUGAGGGAAUUUCUAGGUGUGGUUGGAUACUGCAGGAUGUGGAUUCUUGGGUUUGCUGAUCUGGCCAAACCCCUUUACUCUGCUUCCUCCGGGCAGGGGCCCCUUGUUUGGGGGGAAGCUGAACAAGCUGCUUUUGAUAACCUCCGUCAUGCCCUUCUCUCUGCACCAGCCUUGGCACUCCCUGAUAUCCACAAGCCUUUCCACCUCUUUGUGACGGAAAAAAUGGGAAUAGCCAAGGGUGUCUUAACACAGCCAUUGGGACCAUGGAAGCGGCCUGUGGCAUAUCUUUCUAAACGCCUUGAUCCCGUAGCCUCAGGAUGGCCGCCCUGCCUCCGGGCUAUAGCAGCUACUGCUCUUUUAGUCAAGGAGGCUGAUAAGUUGUCCUUUGGUCAAAACCUCUCUAUUUCAGCCCCACACUCGGUUGAGACCCUCCUCCGCUCCUCGCCAGAUCGCUGGCUCUCCCACUCUCGCCUCACUCACUACCAAGCACUCUUAUUAGACCACCCUCGCUUGACUUUUAUUCAUACAGGAGCCCUUAACCCGGCUACCCUGCUACCUGACUCUGAUCUGUCUGUCCCUAUCCAUGAUUGUCAUCAACUUCUUGACCAAGUCCAAUCUGCUCGUCCUGAUUUGACAGAUGUUCCUCUCUCGAACCCAGACUUGAUACUCUUUACCGAUGGAAGUAGUUUUGUUAAAGACGGUGUCCGCUAUGCUGGAGCCGCUGUCAUUUCCUCUCCAUCUCUCAAUGUUCUUUGGUCAAGCCCCCUCCCCUCCGGAUCCUCCGCCCAGAGGGCUGAACUCAUUGCUCUUACCCAAGCCCUCCGUCUUUCGGAGGGAAAAUCUGUUAACAUCUACACUGAUAGUCGCUACGCUUUUGCUACAGCCCAUGUCCACGCUUCUUUGUAUCGAGAACGGGGCUUGCUCACUUCUGCUGGUAGGGAAAUCCGCAACAAAUCUGAAAUUCUAGACCUUCUUGACGCUCUCCAACUCCCUUCACGGCUUGCUAUUAUCCAUUGUCCUGGUCACCAGACUGGUGACUCCCCUGAAGCCCUGGGCAAUCGAGCUGCUGAUUCUGCUGCUCGGCUCUCGGCCACUUCUUCCCUCAUUGCCCCCUUGAUGCCCACCCCGCUCCCUCCCAGUCCUGUCUAUUCCUCCUCGGAUGAUUCCUUCGCUAUCCAACAGGGAGGGGUGAAGGAAGGAUCAUGGUGGGUCAUGGAGGACAAAAUUUUUAUUCCAAAAGCUUUAGCAAGGGAAUUGAUUAGAGAAGUCCAUGACUCAACUCACCUGGGAUCUAAGAAAAUGCACCAGCUACUUGAGAGGUAUUACAUCCAUAAUAUAACAAAUUUGAUACAAGAUGCAGUAGAUCGGUGCACAGUAUGUGUCCAAGUAAAUGCAAAACAAGGCAAAAAGGCCCCGUUGGGGGUACGAGUUAAGGGCUGUGCACCAGGGGAGGCCUGGGAGGUAGAUUAUACGGAAGUUAAGCCACCUGCAGCAGGAUAUAAAUACCUCUUAGUCUUUAUAGACACUUUCACAGGUUGGGCGGAAGCCUUCCCCACUAGAAAUGAGACUGCCCAAACCGUAGUGAAGAAGAUCCUGAAUGAAAUCUUACCCCGAUUCGGAUUGCCUUUUAGGAUUGGUUCUGAUAAUGGCCCCUCAUUUACUGCUAAAAUUUCCCAAGGUAUAUCUAAGGCAUUGGGAAUAGACUGGAAACUACAUUGUGCAUAUAGGCCUCAGAGUUCAGGCCAGGUAGAAAGAAUGAAUCGUACAUUAAAAGAGUGCCUUACAAAACUUUGUUUGGAAACGGGUGAAAAUUGGGUAACAUUGCUUCCUCUUGCUCUCCUCCGGGUGAGAUGCACCCCAAACAAACUGGGUUUGUCCCCCUUUGAAAUUCUUUACGGGAGGCCGCCUCCCAUUUUACCUGCUGUAAGAGAAGACUUGAUAGCAGAAGCAACUAACUCCUCUAUUAUUAAGUUCCUUCAGGGUCUCCAAGAAACCCAGAACUCACUCCACAAGCAGGUGCGAGACGCGCUGCCCAUCCCGACCUCCAACCCUGUGCAUAAAUUUCAACCAGGCGAUACUGUUUUUGUCAAGAAGCAUACCGCUACAGAUCUUGCCCCGAAGUGGAAAGGGCCACAUACUGUAAUUCUCACCACACCCACCGCCGUCAAGGUUGAUAACAUCUCUGCCUGGCUUCAUCACAGUCGAGUCAAAGCAGCCCCGCCUGAGAAAUGGAAAGCGGAGUCCCUUGGAGAUCCACUAAAGAUAAGACUGUCUCGCUCCUCAUCCUGAUUUUCCUGCUCUACCC